CCUAUUUUCACUCAUGGAACCUUACAGCUUUGAGAAGUUCAUUUUUGGCAUUUUAGUUUGGGUAGCAUUGCUUACAAGUCCUUGCAUUUCUUCAGCGCCUUGCAAUUUCCCAGCAAUCUUCAACUUCGGUGACUCGAACUCGGACACCGGCGCUAUAUCGGCGGUAUUCAGUCCGGCCCCUCCUCCCAACGGCGAGACGUAUUUCCAAGCUCCGGCAGGACGUUUUUCUGAUGGUCGACUGAUCAUUGAUUUCAUAGCUGACAGCUUGGGAUUACCUUUACUCAACGCUUAUCUGGACGCUGUGGGUUCAAACUUCAGCCAUGGAGCCAACUUCGCCACCGCCGGAUCAACCAUAAGACCCCAAAACACCACAAGGUCUCAAAGCGGCGCCAGCCCAAUUUCCUUGGACUUCCAGUCCGCUGAAUUCUCCAGCUUUCGUACAAGAUCUCAGAUAUUCCGGAAAAAGGGUGGGGUUUUUGCGGAAUUGUUGCCCAAAGAGGAAUAUUUCUCCUCUGCAUUGUACACUUUUGAUAUUGGACAGAACGAUCUUGUCUAUGGAUACAAGCUUAACUUCACAACUGAACAAGUCAAGGCUUAUGUUCCUGAUGUCCUAGACCAGUACUCCAAAGUUAUCAAGGAUGUGUAUGCUUUGGGAGGGAGAGCAUUUUGGAUACACAACACAGGGCCAGCGGGCUGCUUACCGUACGUUCUUGAAUUGUUUCCUAUCCUGGCGGCGCAGGUGGAUAAACAUGGCUGCUCCGCCCCGGUCAACGAGGUGGCUCAGUUUUUCAACCAAAGGUUGAAGGAAUUGGUGGGUCAAUUAAGGAAAGAACUCCCUUUGGCUGCAAUCACAUAUGUAGAUGUCUACACUUUGAAGUACACUCUCAUCACCAAAGCCAAGGAACUUGGAUUUGAGCAUCCAUUUGUGGCUUGUUGCGGCCACGGUGGGAAAUACAAUUUCAACAAUUCUAGAAGGUGUGGGGCGAAAAUUACCGUAGGAGGCAAAGAGAUUUUAAUAGCAAAUUCCUGCAAAAAUCCAUCUGUUCGGGUCAGUUGGGAUGGAAUCCAUUUCACAGAGGCUGCUAACCACUGGAUCUUUCAGCAAAUCAUUAAUGGCUCGUUUUCAGACCCUCCAGUUCCAUUGAACAGGGCUUGUAACAAGUUGGAUAUAAAUUGAAAAUUGUUACCUUUAUAACAUCAAUUGAAGAAUGGGAGACCUCGUGUUCCAUUUUUGAAUCUCUAUAUUAAAUUAUUUUUGUUGUUACCACAAUUCAAGUAUGAUUCAAACGAGAAUUUUUUGUUUUACAAUCCAGUUUGCAAAAUAAAAUUGGUUGAAUAAG